ACAUUGGUCACUUUUACCCUUUGUUGGUAAGGUGAAAAAUUCGCGAUCACAUUCUUCUUCUUCAUCUUCCUGUGGUUGUUUGUUCCUUCCUUCUCUCUCACUGUCUCACUUCCUCUACCAAAUCCAAAACCCUAAUCCUUUCACAUCGCAAAUCAAAUCAUGGACGCUGAUUCCUCUUGGACUGCUCGUCUCUCUUCCGCAUCCAGACGCUAUCAAGCCGCUCUUCAAUCUCGAUCAGAUAUGUUCAUGGGUUUUGAUGAGAACGAUGUGGAAGAAGAUAUAAGGGAAGAGUUUCUGUGUCCGUUUUGUUCGGAGUAUUUUGAUAUUGUUGGAUUGUGCUGCCAUAUUGAUGAAGAGCAUCCAAUGGAAGCAAAAAAUGGGGUAUGUCCAGUUUGUGCAUUGAGGGUGGGGGUUGAUAUGGUUGCUCACAUAACCUUACAACAUGGAAAUAUAUUUAAGAUGCAGCGCAAGAGGAAAUCACGGAAAGGUGGAUCUUAUUCAACGCUUUCUUUAUUGAGGAAGGAGCUGAGAGAAGGAAAUUUGCAAUCCCUUUUUGGUGGGUCUCAAUGUAUAGUGUCAUCGUCUAAUGCAGCACCUGAUCCACUGCUGUCAUCAUUCAUAUCGCCUUUAAGUAAUGAAUCUAUGAGUUCUCAGUCUCACACACAUACUGAGACAAAAUCAUCCAAGAAAGGCUCGGAUGAGACUGUACCAAAAAGCCACGUGGAGACACCAACCAUGUCAGUUAAAGAUAAGGAGGAGAAGAUGAAAAGAUGCGAGUUUAUUCAAGGACUGUUGAUGUCCACCAUACUUGAUGACGAUUUAUGAAAAGAAAUCCAUCAAGAUGUAAUGCUUCAGUGGCGGGCUAAUUCACAGAUGCAAUCUGCAAUCUAUAUAGUUUGUUUACUGAAGUUGUCUAUGUAUGUAUUCCGAGUGGAAUAAUAAAGAGUAGUAAGUUAAUGUAAUCUAUGUUGUAUGUGUACUGAUGUUUUUAGCUCGAGUGUUUCAUAUGGCAUCCUUAAUAUAAGAUGGUAAGGCUUAAAGAAAUAGAUAAAGUUCCUUUCCGGCCACAACUUAUGUUUGCCUUAUGCUUCUGUCUUGUACAAAAUAAACAUACUAGAAAUCUCAAGAGAUGAAAAUUUCAUGUCUGGUA